UUCUUCAGUUUCUUCUCGCGCGAAUCUCCAUAUCUAUUCCGAAACCCCUUAAAUUGCCCACCCACUUCCCGCAACAAAUCAACCAAGCAAACGCAAAUCCGCAAAAAUCGUCUCUUUCUCUAGCAAAAAUGCGAGCUUCCAUAAAUCGCCCCCCAACGCCAGACGCAGACGAAGAUCCCCAACAAGAACUCACCCUCCAAGAAAUCAUCAACAUCAAGCUAAUUGAAAGCGGUGAAAAAGAGAAGUUGAAGGAGCUUUUGAGGGAAAGGCUUAUUGAAUGUGGGUGGAGAGAUGAAAUGAAAGCUUUAUGCAGGGCCUUUACAAGGAAGAAAGGAAGAAAUAAUGUUACAGUGGAUGACCUUGUGCAUGUAAUCACCCCAAAGGGCAGAGCCUCGGUACCUGAUUCUGUGAAGGCUGAGUUGCUUCAACGCAUCCGGGCUUUUCUUGUGUCAGCAGCAAUUUGAUCCCAUUGCAAGGGCAACGGACGCUUGCAAGCAUGAAGGUACAUUGUCGUUGUCACGGUGUACAUUGUAGUGAGGGGCUAGACUGGGUUAUUUCUCCACCAUUUUCAAAACUUGUGGUGUCGUCCACCUUACAUGUGGCAUACAUGUAUAACAAUCCAGCCAUCCAAGUGAUAGGGGCCUGACAAUCACACUGAUUGGACGAUCUUAGCCAUUGGCUCACCUGUUGUAUUUGGAUUGCUGACUGCUGCCGCUGCUAUUUUUUCUAGUACGUUUGGUGGCCAUCAAUUAGAUGGCUAUGAUCAUUCAUUGCUCUGACUUUUGGGCUAUGCUUCAUUCAUGAUGGGCAAACACGAUUUUGGAUGGUCCGAAAUUGAUAUUUGCAUCUUCUUGUCCUUCAUCAAGAUACUUCUCUUAUUUAUAAUGCCGACCAUUGCAGUCAAAAGUAUUU